GCCUUCUUCGUCGUCGUCGUCCUCAGCGGUCCACUCUUUGCCGCCGACGCAUUUUAAAAUCUCAUCAUGGCUGUAGGGAAGAACAAGCGCCUCUCCAAGGGCAAGAAGGGUCUCAAGAAGAAGGUCGUUGACCCCUUCACUCGCAAGGAUUGGUAUGAUAUCAAGGCCCCUUCGAUCUUCGAAACCCGAAAUGUUGGAAAGACUCUCGUCAACCGAUCCCAGGGCUUGAAGAACGCCAAUGACUCCCUCCGUGGCCGUAUCAUCGAGGUUUCCCUGGCCGACUUGAACAAGGACGAGGAGCAAUCCUUCCGCAAGAUCAAGCUGCGUGUCGAUGAAAUCCAAGGCCGCAACUGCCUCACCAACUUCCACGGCAUGGACUUCACCUCCGAUAAACUUCGCUCCCUUGUCCGCAAAUGGCAAACCCUCGUCGAGGCUCAUGUUGAUGUCAAGACCACCGACGGUUACCUCCUCCGCCUCUUCGCCAUUGGUUUCACCAAGCGAAGACCCACCCAAGUGAAAAAGACCACCUACGCCCAAACCGCACAGGUCCGUGAGCUCAGGAAGAAGAUGUUCGAGAUCAUCACCCGUGAGGCCACCAGCUGCGACUUGAAGGAGUUGGUCCAGAAAUUCGUGCCAGAGGCUAUCGGUCGUGAGAUCGAGAAGGCCUCUCGCAGCAUCUACCCCUUGCAGAACGUCUACAUCCGCAAGGCCAAAAUCCUCAAGGCACCCAAAUUCGAUGUCUCCAAGUUGUUGGAGCUCCACGGCGACUCGACGGACGAGAGCGGUACCCGCGUUACCAAGGACUUCAAGGAGCCCGAGGUGUUGGAAUCUGUGUAAAUCAUGUAGUUUUUCGCGCCAUCAUCAUUCCAUUCCGCAUUAUGCCUUGUUAUGCCCGAAAUUAUAUGAGCUAUGCAUG